UCACAAGCGCCUGCUGCCAGUGCCGUCUAGUCACACCCGGUAAACGUAUGUACGUAUCUUCGCAAAUCGCCACGUGGGAGGACACCUACACUUUAUCACGAGGAAAAUCUGAUCUGUCUUGUUGCUAAUUUGCGUUGAUUAUUAUUGCGGGAAAAUGGCGAAUGACCGUUUGGAUAUCAUAAUAUUUGGUGCCACUGGAUAUACUGGAAAACAUGUAGUGAAGAAUGUGACACAUAUGUGCAAAGAACAGAAAAUGAAGUUUGGUGUCGCUGGUCGCAGACAGGAAGCACUGGAAACGGUUGUUAAAGAAUUCACUUCAGAUAUUGAGAAUGUACCUAUUAUUCUGGCUGACGUAAAAGAUGAGGAAUCUCUCAAGAAAAUGACAGAGCGAGCAAGAGUACUCAUUAAUUGUUGUGGUCCAUAUAGACUUUAUGGAGAGCCAGUUGUUAAAGCGUGCAUUGCUACUCGCACUCAUUAUGUGGAUGUCACUGGUGAAGAACAGUUUAUGGUGGAAAUGCAAUUGGAAUAUAACGAGGCAGCUAAAGAAGCUGGAAUUUACGUAGUGAGUGCUUGUGGCUUUGACUGUGUUCCUUGUGAUUUGGGAAUCGUUUUCACGCAGGAGAAAUUUGGAGGAGAAGUCAAUGAUGUUGAAGUAUACAUGAAGAUGUGGUCAACCAACACUGAUAACAAAGGCCCAUAUAUAAAUUAUGGAACUUGGGAAACUUUAAUAUAUAGUAUGGCUCAUAGAAACGAGUUACAAGAAUUACGCAACAAAUUGUUUCCUACCAAACUGCCUGAAUUCACGCCGAAAUUAAAAUCAAGAGGUAUGGUGCACCAAAGUGAUGUUUCUGAAGGAUGGUCUGUACCGUUUCGGAGUAGCGAUCGUCCACUAGUUCUUCGUACACAGCGAUUUUUGUAUGAGAAAUACAAAGAGAGGCCUGCGCAAGUUCAAGUUUAUGCUACGUUUACGUCUCUCUUUGGCAUGUUGAUGCUUUUCAUUGUUGGGAUGAUGUUGUCUCUUUUGGCUCCCAUAGCGUGCGGUCGUAAGUUACUUUUGAAAUACCCGUCUUUAUUCACAUUCGGUUUUAUCACUCACGAAAAUCCGGAUCCGGAACUGUGGAAAUCGAUGCACUUUUCUGUGACGAUCAAAGCCCGUGGAUGGACCGAAAAGUUGGCCGAACCUACCGACAAACACAUGAAUCCACCUAAUAAGACAUUAAUCGCCAAAGUUUCUGGUGUUUCUGCUGCAUACGAAGCGACGAGUAUUAUGGCGAUCUUAUCAGCAAUAACAAUCCUUAACGAGGCUGGCAAAAUGCCUGACAACGGAGGCGUGCUCACUCCCGGUGCUGCAUUUGGUAAAACAUCUCUGAUCGAGCAAAUGAAUAAGCAUAAUAUUAAAUUCGAGGUGAUAUCGUGUACUGUAAAAUAGAGACAAAUACAAAAGUUCUAUGCAAUUUUCC